AUGGCCAAUGAUUCAAACACCCAUCCCCCUGAUACCAUGAAAGAUGUCAGCCAUGUACAGCAUGUCGAUUUCGCCUCAGACAGCAGAACCUCGUCUAAGGAGCGUACAGUCAACUUCUUUCUGCUUCUGACCUGCGCCGCUUUCGGCUCAGCUUCAUUGGUGUUCGGUUUUGAUGACAAGAUAAUUUCACCUGUGGCUGCAUUGGGGCCAUUUGUCGACAAAUAUCAAGGACCCGAGCCACUUACAGGGAAACUGGUCUUGACGGCUCGUAAUCAGAGCAUAUUGUUUUCUGUUCCUCUAAUAGGUUCGAUUCUGGGAGGCUUAGCUGCCUCUCCGCUGAAUUCGAGGUUGGGCCGGAAGUACCCCUUGUUGAUUGCAUAUAUAAUCUCCAUCGGCGGCAGCUUGCUUCAGGUACUGGCUCCAAACUUGGGUGCGUUCGUUUCUGGUCGAUUUAUCAACGGAAUCGCUACGGGGAUUGCCAAUGGCACGGCUCCCUUGUAUCUAGCAGAGGUCGUCCCUGCCUCUAUGAGAGGAAGAAGUGUAUCGUUGAUAAAUAUUCUGACCCUAGUAGCGGGUGUCCUGGGCACCAUUGUGGUGUUAUGCACUCACAGCUUGACAGGGCCGAGCUCGUACAGGAUUCCCUUGACAGUCCAGUGUGUCCUUCCUGCUUUGCUGCUCAUUUGGACCUUGCCUUUGCCCGAGAGCCCGCAAUGGCUUGUUUCUAGAGGCAGGUUGGAAGCGGCUCGCAGCAACUUGCGAAGACUGCGCCGUUGCAGUGAACAGCGAGUCGACGAGGAGCUCCGAGAUAUGGAACUUUCCGAAGGGCACGCUUCUGACGUGAAGGUGUCCUUUUGGGAAAUUUUCUCCAAGAAGCACCUUCAGCGCACCCUGACUGCCGGUUCUUUCUACUCUCUGAACCAGAUUUCAGGCAUCAUCCUUUCAACGACAUACAGCACGGUCUUCCUGUCCGGGAUUGGCAUCGGAGACCCAUUCACAUUAACCGUGAUAGCUUCUUGUUGCACCCUUGCGGGUACAAUCGCUGCGCCGUUCAUGUUGGACCGGGCUGGCCGCCGUCCUACCGCAUUGACGGGCAUGAGUGUCCUCUUCAUCAUCGACCUUGCCGCUGGUGGUCUGGCGUUCAACAAGGGAAACCGCCAAUCAGCCAUAGCAAUCGCGGCCUUGUCCUUUGCGUUCAAUUUCUUCUGGGCGUCCUCCUUCUCACCAUUAUCAACGCUGCUGCCCUCGGAGAUGGCUACUCCUAAACUUCGUCACCACACCAUGGCUUACACCAUUGCUUGUGCCCAAGCAACCGCUGUGAUCACAACUCUAGUGGUGCCCCAGCUAACAGCGCCUGAUGCAGCAAAUCUGGGGCCAAAGACCUAUCUUGUAUUCGCCGGCUGCAUGGCGUGCAUUCUGGUCUUCGCCUAUUUUUUCAUCCCAGAGACCAAAGGCCGCAAGUUUGUGGAAAUCGACGCAAUGUAUGAUGCCAAUAUUCCUGCACGGAAAUGGAGGCAAUAUUGGUCUUCACUCGAGAAGGCCACUGGCUCUAAUUCCCAAGUCUCCAAAGCCUCCAUAGCAGCAAGCUGA